AUUAUCCAUUGCGGUGACUUCUCGCGCUUUGGUCGGAGGGGGCGAUAAGAGUCACGGAGGACGCGUUGCUUUUAAACAGUCGUUUAAUAAAGGCGGUAGAUAGAGGCACACAUAGACAGCGGAUAGUAGCAAGGCAAUCUAUUUAAGAGGAAACCGCGUGCGGACACAUUAUAGUUUGAUAUAUUUUAUAUAUUUGAGCGAUCGUCGCAGAAGAUCGCGUGUGCGUUUGCUCAAACGUGCGCUUUAUCCCUUGACGACGAAUUCUCGCGAAAUUUUUUUCGGGCGGAAUUGUCAAUCGAGUUUAUAGUUUAUAUAUUGUAUUGUGUUUUCUGUUAAAAUGCUAGACAACGGGAUGCCAAUGUCCGAAGUGAACACAGACAACUCGACGGCUGUUCCGAUACCGAAGGAAACAGCGGACGAUACGAAUAGAAAUCCUGAGAUUACCUAUGGCAUCGACGACGUUCCGCCGUGGUAUCUGUGUUUAUUCAUGGCAUUGCAGCAUUACUUGACUAUGAUCGGCGCAAUCGUUUCUAUUCCUUUCAUUCUAACGCCGGCCCUCUGCAUGGCCGAAGAUGAUCCCGCGAGGAGUCACGUUAUUUCCACGAUGAUCUUUGUCACUGGCAUAGUGACGCUCAUUCAGACUACCGUAGGAUGUAGAUUGCCAUUGGUACAAGGUGGUACCAUAUCGUUCUUGGUGCCGACUCUGGCAAUAUUAAAUCUGCCGCAGUGGGAGUGCCCCAGGCCAGAGAUUCUCGAGGAAAUGUCUCACGAAAACCGAACCGAGCUCUGGCAAAUCCGGAUGAGAGAAUUGUCGGGUGCCAUCGCUGUUUCCGCUUUGUUCCAAGUGAUCAUCGGGUUUGGAGGUAUCGUCGGAUAUUUGCUGAAAUUUAUAACUCCGCUGACAAUCGUGCCGACGGUCUCGCUAGUUGGACUGUCUCUUUUCGAAAACGCAGCGGACGCCGCGUCUCAGCAUUGGGGUAUUGCGGCUGGAACGAUAAUACUACUGACGACAUGCUCUCAAAUACUGGUCAACGUUCCAUUUCCAUUUGUAAUGUAUCGGAAAGGCCACGGACUCCACAUUAUCUGGUUCGAAUUGUUCAAACUCUUUCCGGUUUUGCUGACGAUAAUCGUCAUGUGGAUAAUCUGCGCAAUAUUAACGGUAACCGACACGCUACCGUUCGGCCAUCCCGCCAGAUCAGACAGCAAGUUAAGAAUUAUAAACGACUCCCCUUGGUUUCGGGUACCAUAUCCUGGACAGUGGGGCGUACCCACCGUAACGUUAUCAGGCGUACUCGGUAUGCUAGCCGGAGUAUUAGCAUGCACGGUAGAAUCCAUCAGCUACUAUCCGACCACCGCGAGAAUGUGUGGAGCACCGCCGCCGCCGGUUCACGCGAUCAACCGUGGUAUCGGUAUCGAAGGUCUGGGUACGAUGCUGGCCGGACUUUGGGGUAGCGGCAAUGGCACGAACACGUUCGGCGAAAACGUAGGCACGAUAGGGGUCACCAAAGUCGGCAGCCGUAGGGUCAUACAGUGGGCCUGCUUCCUGAUGAUCCUGCAGGGCGUGAUCAGCAAAUUCGGCGCGGUGUUCAUCAUAAUUCCUGAGCCGAUAGUCGGCGGAAUAUUCUGCGUGAUGUUUGGGAUGAUUUGUGCUUUCGGCCUGUCGGCGUUACAGUAUGUAAAUCUCAAUUCCUCGAGAAACUUGUUCAUCCUGGGCUUGUCCAUGUUCUUCCCUCUGGUCCUGUCGAAAUGGCUGAUCAAACAUCAGGGCACGAUACAAACGGGAAACGCUGUGGUGGACAGUGUAUUCACCGUAUUACUUAGCACUACUAUUCUAGUAGGUGGUUUGUUAGGCUGUUUACUGGACAACAUCAUCCCAGGUAACGCGAGAGACCGUGGAUUGGAGGCUUGGUCGAAGGAAAUGGAACUGACCAGUGAUGUGACUGACAAAAAAACUGACGAAGCAUCUGGCGUUGAGUACGUCCGGAACACUUUCGACUUCCCAUGCGGAAUGAAUCUGCUGAGAAGGUGGAAAUGGACAUCACACGUGCCGUUUUUACCUACGUACCAGAAAUUGUAAAUGCGUUAAGAGGAACUAACACAACUACCUCACGUGCAAUAUACGUCUAUCUGUCAUGAGAUACGAUCUGUAAUCGAAAAAAUGUUAUACGUAAAAAGACAGAUGUCAUAUUGUCAGCGUUAUAAAAAAUUUUAUGACACAUGA